AUGGUUGCGACGUGGCAUAAUGACAUUGGAGUUCAGUAUCGUGUAGGGCAAAGAACCAUUGCGGUCUCCAAUCUCUCAUUCAUCUUCUUCUUUCCUCUCUCGACGGUGAAACCCAAUCGCAUGACCUUGUCCGCCGAUUUCAUCCCGCUUAAAGUGACAGCAAGAUUCUUAGGAACUAGGAAUGGUAACCGUGCUCUUAGCUUUGUUGGAGACAUGGAUGUAGUGUUUGGUAUUGGGCAUUUUCUGAACUGCUUGGAUUUGGAUGCUUCAGGUUUAGCUGAUCCUUAUGUGAAAGGGCAGCUUGGCGCUUACAGUUUCAAAAACAAGAUACUAAGGAAAACAUUGGCUCCAAAAUGGCAAGAAGAGUUCAAGAUACCAAUCUUGACAUGGGACUCUCCAAAUAUACUCAACAUUGAAGUACAAGACAAAGACAUAUUCAGCGAUGACAGACUUGGUGAUUGUUCAGUAAACAUUUCAAAGUUUAGAGGUGGGCAAAGAAAUGAUAUGUGGUUGCCUCUUCAGAACAUAAAAAAUGGGGAGGCUUCACCUUGCCAUUACCGUAACUGA